AUUUUAAAAUGGAAACAAAUCCAAAUUUUAUCCGUUUCUUAAAACAAGGUAGCCGCCAGUGUAUUCACGCAAACCCCCCCCUUCGUAUCUGUAUGUAAUCUCCGCCGCUGCCAAAUCGCAGAACCCGUCCAGAGAGAUCCAGAGAGAGAGAGAGAGAAGUUAGAGAGAGAUGGCAAAGAGCGAAGUAAAGGUCGAGAAAACCGAAAUCGUGAUCAGAGAUGGCGAAGAGCGACAUCCGAACCCCAUCCUCUGUCUCCUCUCAAGAUUUCCCUUCCUCAACUUCCUUCAACCCAAGCGCGACUCAGCCAAACCAGAUACUAUAAUCUCAGAGAAGAAAACGGUGACAAUCGCCGGCGAGCGUGGGGAAGAAGGCAAGAAGCCAGUCGUCGUGAAGGUCCCGAACCCAAAGCCGACCGACUUGCCUUCGCUGAAGCUCGAGGGCGAGGAGUGUGACCGCAACACCAACCCUAUUGUUCUGUGGCAGGUCUAUGCUAUUGGAGGGUUCUUUGUUUUGAACUGGGUAUUAGCAAGAUGGAAGGAAAGGAGGGCCAAAAAGAAGUCAUCGGAUGAUGAGCCAUCUCCGGCUGAUGACUAGUCUCUUCUUUAAAUUAUUACGGACUCACAUUUUACAGUGCUUUUGACUUUUGCAAUGUAUAAUCUUGCUUUAGUUUGGGAUUGGUGGCUGAACAACAGGCUUUGUCCUUGCCAAUGGCUUUACAGCUUUGGUUUAAUUCUCUGCUCAAA